AGGUAACUGAAUCUUGGGAACGGAGAACCAUGCCGCGGGAGAUCAUCACCCUGCAGCUGGGCCAGUGCGGCAACCAGAUUGGGUUUGAAUUCUGGAAACAGCUCUGCGCUGAGCAUGGCAUUAGCCCAGAGGGAAUCGUGGAAGAAUUUGCCACUGAAGGCACAGACCGAAAGGACGUCUUUUUCUACCAGGCAGAUGAUGAACACUACAUCCCAAGGGCUGUGCUGCUGGACCUGGAACCUCGUGUGAUUCACUCCAUUCUCAACUCUCCCUAUGCCAAACUCUAUAAUCCUGAGAAUAUUUACUUAUCUGAACAUGGUGGAGGAGCUGGUAACAAUUGGGCCAGUGGCUUCUCACAGGGGGAAAAGAUUCAUGAAGACAUCUUUGACAUCAUAGACCGAGAGGCAGAUGGCAGUGACAGCCUAGAGGUGGGAGCCUGUCAUGAGGAAAGAGGGAAUGAAAAAAACACUGGUAGGGUUGGGAAGGGAGGCUUUGUCUUGUGUCAUUCUAUUGCUGGGGGAACAGGCUCUGGUCUGGGAUCUUACCUUCUAGAGCGUCUGAAUGACAGGUAUCCCAAGAAGCUGGUACAGACAUACUCAGUAUUUCCCAAUCAAGAUGAGAUGAGUGAUGUUGUUGUACAGCCAUACAAUUCACUGCUUACCCUCAAGCGACUGACACAGAAUGCAGAUUGUGUGGUGGUACUGGACAACACAGCCCUGAAUCGAAUUGCUACAGACCGCCUGCACAUCCAGAACCCAUCCUUCUCCCAGAUUAACCAGUUGGUAUCCACCAUCAUGUCGGCCAGCACUACCACCCUGCGCUACCCUGGCUACAUGAACAAUGAUCUCAUCGGCCUUAUCGCCUCCCUCAUCCCUACACCCAGGCUCCACUUCCUCAUGACUGGAUAUACCCCACUCACCACUGACCAGUCGGUGGCCAGCGUAAGGAAGACAACAGUGCUGGACGUGAUGCGUCGGCUGCUGCAGCCCAAGAACGUGAUGGUGUCCACAGGCCGGGAUCGCCAGACCAACCAUUGCUACAUUGCCAUCCUCAACAUUAUCCAGGGAGAGGUAGACCCCACCCAGGUCCACAAGAGCCUGCAAAGGAUCCGGGAACGAAAGUUGGCCAAUUUCAUCCCCUGGGGCCCUGCAAGCAUCCAGGUGGCGCUGUCUCGGAAGUCGCCCUAUCUGCCAUCUGCCCAUCGAGUCAGUGGACUCAUGAUGGCCAACCACACCAGUAUCUCCUCUCUGUUUGAGAGAACAUGCCGCCAGUAUGAUAAACUUCGGAAGCGAGAGGCCUUCCUGGAGCAGUUCCGCAAGGAGGACAUCUUCAAGGACAACUUUGAUGAGCUGGACACAUCGAGGGAGAUUGUGCAGCAGCUCAUCGAUGAGUAUCACGCUGCCACCAGGCCUGACUACAUCUCCUGGGGUACCCAGGAACAGUGACCUGAUUACUCCAAGGACAGUGGCCUUUAUUUACCUGCUGUGCCUCUGUGAUAGCCUACCUGGUCAUCUUUCUGCCCCAAGGGCUCUGAGGAUGAAGCAUAGGAGAGGCAUCCCUGAUUUCAUUCAUUCACUCACUCUAGUAUGGAUGGAUGUAGACAUCCAUGUGUACACACACACACGGCAGUAGCCUUUGCUCUGGCUUAAUUAUCGAUGAGACUUUAUCUUUAAUAAAGCACUGGAUGUA